AUGCCGCCCGCCGCCUCCUCCAGCGACUUCAAGCUCGUGGGCAACAAGAACUUCAAGCGCCACAACCCCAUGAGCGACCGCUUCGACGUGCAAAAGUUCCACCACAUCGAGUUCUUCUGCCUGGACGCCACCAACGUGUCCAGCCGCUUCACGUGGGGGCUGGGCAUGCGCCAGAUCGCCAAGUCCGACCAGUCCACGGGCAACCACGUGUCGGCCAGCUACGUGGUCGAGAGCGGCGAGGUCAAGCUCGUCUUCACGGCGCCCUACGCGCUGGAGACGGAGAAGGCGCCCGGCGCCGUGAGCCCCAUCCCGGGCUACGACGCGGCCUUCGCGCAGCAGUUCGUGCUCAAGCACGGCCUCGCGGUGCGCGCGCUCGGCAUUCAGGUGGCCGACGCCAAGGAGGCGUACGAGGUCUCGGUGCAGAACGGCGCCGAGGGCGUGCUGGAGCCCCAGGCGCUCACGGACAAGGACUCGAGCAAGGCCACGGUCAUCUCCGAGGUCAAGAUCUACGGUGACGUCGUCAUCCGCUGGGUGAGCGGCGACUUCGAGGGCCCAUUCGUGCCUGGCUACCAGGCGGUGGACCGCCCCGACAUGAGCAUCGGCAUCCAGCGCAUGGACCACUGCGUGGGCAACGUGCCCAGCCUGGGCGAGGCCGUCAAGUACAUCACGGGCUUCACGGGCUUCCACGAGUUCUCCGAGUUCACGGCCGAGGACGUGGGCACGCUCGAGUCGGGUCUCAACAGCAUGGUGCUGGCCAGCAACAACGAGAUGGUGCUGCUGCCCGUGAACGAGCCGACCUUCGGCACCAAGCGCAAGAGCCAGAUCCAGACGUACCUGGAGCAGAACGUCGGUGCCGGGCUCCAGCACGUGGCGCUCAAGACAAACGACAUCUUCCACACGCUGGCGGAGAUGCGCAAGCGCAGCCUGGUGGGCGGCUUCGAGUUCAUGCCGAGCCCCAACAAGCGCUACUACGAGCAGAUGCCCGAGCGCAUCGGCGACUCCCUGACCAAGGAACAGUACGAGCAGAUCGAGAAGCUGGGCCUGCUGGUGGACAAGGACGACCAGGGCAUCCUGCUGCAGAUCUUCACCAAGCCGCUGGGUGACCGCGCCACCGUCUUCUUCGAGAUCAUCGAGCGCGUGGGCUGCAUGAAGGACAUCGCAGGCCGCCUCGAGCAGGCCGCCGGCUGCGGCGGCUUCGGCAAGGGCAACUUCUCGGCGCUCUUCAAGUCGAUCGAGGACUACGAGAAGUCCCUCAACGUGUAAGGAGUGAGUGAGUAGCGUUCGUGCGUUUGGUGCGGGACCCACCACAUAAAACAAAAAAGUAAUGAAUCAUCGAGCUGCUGUUU